GUUUGGCGGACUACUCAAGGAUGAAGUUUAGAAAUGUGGACUGGGUGCUCAAAAUAGAUGAAGACAACGAGUUCUAUCUGCACCUCAAAGACAUCAGUGGUCGUCUACCUCCUAACCCCUCAUUCUAUCCGCGACUUGUAGAGGACGAGCAGUUUGACUUUUUGAGAAUCCCUCCCGAAAUCCAGCUGAUGGUUUUGCGUCAUCUGCCGUCGUCUGAUCUUGGCUCAUGCCGUCUUACAUGUCGCUUCUUAGACAGACUUAUUAAGGGGAACUGGAAUAACUUGAAGCCGCGCAAUAUCGGUGUUGUUGAAUUCACUCCAGGUGGCGAUGUCGGAUGCUUGAAAGGAUUCAUACGCUUCUAUUACAAGCGAAAACUGGAAUCUUUCAACAAUGUCGUCAUAUUUGUCCUUAUUUCAUUUUAUGGCGAAUUUACGAUCCCAAGGAUCCAAUCUCUCACGCAAAUAUUGAAUCAGUCGCGAAUAUCCAUCAAAAAGAUUGUCAUCUGUAACACUCCAUGUAGUUGUGAAUUGGAACAUUUGAUAGCUCUCAUAGAAAAUGCACAUGCUGAGUGUUUGAUCAUCGAUGUAUGUGGUAGGAUUGAUUUAGGAAAGAAGCUCGCAAAGGAUCCUGUAGUAAAGAGACUCCAAGGUGUGCUCAUCUAUUCAAAUGGAGAUGAGGCUAGUUACUUCACGGCGAAAACGUUUAUCGACUAUGAGUCAUUCAGUCUCGCAGAUAUGCGCGAAGUGAUGGAAGUAAGCUUUUGCCACAUCUGA